AUGGCCUCAAUGCGAUGUCGUUUUAGAGUUCAAAACAAUAACAUCUUCCUCACAUAUCCCAGAUGUUUUGUACCUAAAGAGAGAUUGUUAGAGAAAAUUAGAGAGCUGUUCAAUAACAGGCCACCAAAUUAUGUGAGGGUUGCACAUAAAUUACACGAGGACGGUGAACCACAUCUCCAUGCUCUUGUCCAAUUUCCAAACCAUUUUCAGACACAGGAUGAAUGGUUCUUCAACGUUACUCACGAUCGCACUAAUCGCCAUUUCCAUCUAAAUAUACAAGGGGCCAACAACCAUCAGGCUGUGCUGGAAUACAUCUCCAAAUACGGGGACUAUACGGAAUGGGGUGAAUUCCGUGAGAGGGGCCACUGCGCUAACCAAAACAACAAAGAAAAUAUAUAUCGCGACUCACUUGCCGCCGGCAGCAAGGACGAAGCAUUGGCAAUGGUAAGAAAUGGCGAUCCAAAAUGUUAUUGGCUAAAUUACGACAAGUUAUCAUCUAAUUAUGACAGAAUAUCGUUUAAACCCCCGUUGUCGUACGUUCAUCGUUUUACAGAAACAGUAUGGAUCGUUCCAACAUGUAUACAGCAAUGGGUUGCAGAAAAUAUCCUAGAUGAAGCCCAAAGACCACACAGGCCCAAGAGCAUUAUAACUGAAGGCCCAUCUAAGAUUGGGAAAACAUGUUGGGCCCGAUCUCUGGGGCCACAUAAUAAUUAUUCCGGUCACAUCGAUUUGCGGAACCAUAAUGAUGACGUUUUUUAUAAUGUAAUCGAUGAUGUGGCCCCACAAUUUUUGAAACACUGGCGAAAAUUUAUUGGAGCGCAACGAGAAUGGAUUUCAAAUUGUAAAUAUGCCCGCCCAAGAAAAAUAAAGGGUGGGAUUCCAACUAUUAUAUUAUGCAAUCCCGGAGCCGAUUCCAGUAACAGAGAUUUUUUAGAUAAACAUGAACAUGCCGGGCUCCAAGCAUGGACAAUCCGAAACGCAGAGUUCUACACAAUCGAUCAGCCCCUCUUCGCCAAAGCCAAUCAAGAAGAGGCAUCACAAUGA